AUGGUAAUGGAUAUCUCUAAAAAUUUGGCGAGGGCUAUGCUACAUCAUGAUGACUUGGUGAAUGUAAGGCCUGCUGUAAAUAUAAAAUCACCUAUUGGCUCAAUUUUACGGGAGUGCGAACAAUAUGCAAAGAUAGCGGGUACUUCGCUGGAAUUUGGACGGCCAGAUGUUGCUUUACAAGAGUACCUCCAGGCAUACAUCAUUGCGACGGAAAUAAUACCACGACACAAAGAAUACCCUGCUCUUCAGACUGACCGUCCAGAACUAUAUAGGCUAUACAUUGGACUUUCCAAAAAGAUUCAGGGCCAGAGCAUGAAAUUUAUGAAGGCGAAAGAAAUCAUCAGGGAGAACAACUUACUACAUGGAACGCAAUCGACUAAACUCAGACAGAGCUCAGAACCAUUAUCUAGCUAUCAAAAUAAAAGCAUAUCCCAGGUCGCACACUGGAACUUUUCACAAGAAUCACUAACUGAUUCAGUUUCCACAAAUAGUUCCUCUUGCAAACAGCCUUCUUUCAUUCAGCCUAAACCUGGUUCUUUUCAUGGAAACAUUGUUCCAGCUUUCAACAUAAAUGAUAAAUUCGUAGAUCGAGACGAUCUGACCGCUAGAUUUGCACGUCUACGAACUGCUGAAUCAGAUUGCCCUAAACAGGACCCUCGAAUUCGCACUCACCUUAUUCCCAAUGCUCCGAAGCCAAUAACUGGUGUUCCCAAGAUAAUUACAAGUGCAAAGCCUGGUGGGCCCCGAGAUAUGCCGUCUGUGCCUAGAUCUACGUCCCGAAUAACAGAAACCUUCGAUGUAGCUAUAUCAGACUUACCUAGAGCUCCUGACGCCAUCUAUAGCCCCGCACGAGGAACAGAAACAGCAGGCAUAUCUAAUUUGCCUUCAAGUGUUAGGAAUAAUUCCUAUAUAGGUAGCGGGCAGCAAAAUGCACCACCAAUAUCAAAUGUUAUCCCGAGUCCGAUUGUCGAUGGAACAAGGUGUUUUCCUUCUAUAACACAUAGAUCAAGCCUCGGUGGAGAGCAUAACAGACUACCCUCUGUUCCACCAGGCUCUACCAGUGUUAACUGUGAACAACUUGUUGGAUUGCUCGCGCAGGGCACAAACUCCCUGAAAAUACUUCUUGUUGACCUAAGAAGCCGCGAAGAGUUUGACCAAGGUCACAUAAUGUCUCAGUUUAUAAUUUGUGUCGAACCUAUAACAUUACGAUGUGGUAUAUCUGGAGAAGAGUUAGCAGAUAGUAUGGUAAUAGCGCCUGAUGCGGAGCAGAAAAUGUUUGAGAAAAGGCAUGAAUUUAACCUCGUCGUAGUCUAUGAUCAAUCAUCAACAAAGAUAUCCGAUAACAGCAAGCUCGUAGACUUUGCCAUGGCAGUGUAUGAGUAUGGCUACGAUAAAAAACUUCAAUAUCAACCUCUCCUAUUAGUAUCCGGACUAGAUGGGUGGGUAGAUCUUCUUGGUCCAAGUUCGCUGGCGACUUCGUCCACUGGUAGUUCUAUUCCAAUUCCUGCAACUGGAAAAAAAAUGGCUCGGCCUAUUGGGCGACAUCCUAAUCGGGAAGUGCCAAAUUCUUUCUCGAAAAAGCAAAGAAAACAUUACUCUCGGCCACUUACGACAGAGCAGGAGACUGUGUGGGCUAGUACAAUUAAGGAAGAUAUGGAUAUCAAACAAAAUGAACAUACAGAAGUAAACGAGGAAAUGAUAUAUGCUAGGUCAACCGAAGAUUUCAUUCGCCGAUACCCAGAGCUUCCAGCAAUUCAGGAAUCCAUGAUAUCACCUCUCAGUACAAGCAUCUAUCAUAAAGAGAUAGUUGGUGUAAUGCCAAAGCCUCCUACUCGACCAGCCCCCGCUAUUCAACGUCAAAGAUCAAGUGGGAUAACGGAAAAGAAUGUAGCCAUAGCAACAGUUUCGAGUGAAGACUCGACAAUUUCCGACAAUACACGGCCGCUGGGACUUACGGGCCUCAACAAUCCAGGGGUUUUGUGUUAUAUGAAUACUGUAUUACAAGGUCUUAGUGCUACCCCCUGGUUUCGGGAGCUCAUACGCAAUUAUGUCUACCCAUCAGAACCUCGUAUUCCUCGAAAACAAGGUGAAAGUACCGACCCACCUCAGCUAAUGGUGCGCUGCUUGAGCAGUGUUUUCGCACACCUGUGGUUUGGCCACUAUGAUUUUAUCAACCCAUCAACCUUUCAGGGAUAUGUUAAUGCUAUACAUAAUCAUGGCCCAGGGGGAUUUGGUGGGACACAGGUGCAACAUGAUUGCAAUGAAUUCCUUGUCAUGCUCAUAGAUAUAUUAGAUGACGAAUUAAAUCCACUGCGGAAUCGUCCUGGCCGCCGACCAAUUGAAGAAAUUGAGGGGCUACUUGAGGAAGCACCAACAAUCUUGGAUGCUGCGGCUAUAUUCUGGACAGACUGGACAUCUAAUCUGGGAUCACCGAUUACUCUCAAAAUGAAGGGUGUAUCUGCAAGGAUUGUGACGUGCGAUAUCUGUGGUAAAUCUCGCCCAGUAUUUGACCAAUUUCAGCAACUUCUUCUUGCCAUACCUCCAGAAGGCUCGUGCACUCUCGGUGAGGUUCUAGAUGCGAGCUACGGGCCUAAGAGUGAACUCAUUGAAUACCAGUCGCUUCAGUGCUCAUUAUGUGGGAAACAAACACCUCAUAGAGGGCGAAUUUAUCUAGUUUAUAUGCCGGACACACUCAUUAUCUCAUUUAUGCGCAUGAACAAUAACUUAUCAAAGAUAAAGACUCGCGUAUUAGUUCCACUCUCCAUCAGCUUCGAAAAUAAUGUUCUACCCAACCAGGCUGGCUCGAAGAACCAAGAUCCCCGAGGCGUAGGCCCAUUUACAUAUGACGUAUAUGGACUUGGGCUCCAUUCUGGUAGCACUCUUGCAUCUGGACAUUACCGCAUAUUAGCUAGAAGCCUAGAUCAAUUAGCAGCAGGAAAGCCGGCAGGUUCAUGGCACAUGUUUAAUGAUAGGAACGUGACGCCGUCCAGUAUAUCUGCUGCAGACCCAUCUGAAACCUCCUUGAUUUUUCUACAGAGGCAGGGAAAAUUUUAG